GACAGAAGUUACAUGGAGUUCUACAAGAAGUUUGAAGACAAGAAUCGAGUUGUUCAUCCACAGCCCCCCAUACCCUCGACAAGACAAAAGUACUUUUGCGCACGUACAGGGACACAUGUUAAGUGCAAACUGAUCUACAUGCUUGACGUCAACACCACCAUCGUACAUAAACGCUACGGGAAGCACAGAAUGAUCAUCACGAGCCAGAACAAGUGCAAAAUCAUCAGCCAAGUCCUCGUCGACGACUACUUCACUUCGCCGUCUGGGAAGCCGAGGUUCAGGGGCUUGAUAUACGUUGUUCAGUUCGAUGAUACGGGAACGCGCAGUGUCUUCACGUACGAAAAUGGGUUUUGGCAGCUGGCGUUUCGGAGCCAGCAUGGCAAGUAUAUGGAGUAA